AUGAGCUCAGACUAUGAAUACGAGCCUCUCGACGACCACGACGCUGGGCUCGCGGAUCUGAUCCCGUUUCCUGAGACACCGUCCCCCGUUGCAUCGCCAGUACGGCUGCGCUCACAGCAAACGUCUCGAGUGGGAAACUCCCAUGCUGGCCAUGAAAGUGGAGCCAUCCGGGAAAACCCGCGUUACAAUAUCAAUGAGCCCAUCGACAACCACACUGCAGCUUCGAGUGCUGCGCAGCUAAGAGAAUCCCCUCAUCAAAAGCUUGAGCCGCCAUCGCUGCAAACGCCAUCGCCAGACCCGGGCGAGCGCAUCGAUCCAGAUUUUGACUCCCUUGACCAAGGCUCCGGAGAGCCAUCUGCAGAGGAGGCCGAAGAAUCAGGCCGCGAAGAGACCGGCGAUGAGCUGCCAUUGAAGCGGUCCGCUGAAGAUCCUGCGGCUUUCAGGCCCCUGAAAAGACAAAAAGGGAACUUCAGCUCUGCUUACAUCAACCUGUUCAAUGCAGCUGUCGAGGAUGCCUCGCAUAGGGUAGUGCUGAACGACGAGGCUGAGCCGCCGAAUUCUCAAAUCGGCCUCACUUUCUGGUCAAGCAUUGAGAAGAAGUUACUCUUCGAGGCGGUUGCACGUCUUGGCAAGGACGAUCUGCAAGGAAUUUCAGAAAGAGUUGGCAGUAAGAGCCCUGUGGAAGUGCGACACUACAUUGAAGUUCUCGAAGCUGGGCUCAGACGUUAUACCGACAAUGGGAGCGGCUCACUCGUGUCGAUGGAGGAAUAUCCUGCGGCCAUGGAACUCAGUCAGCAGUGCUGCCAUGCGCUCGACGAUGCUGCUGAUGCUCUCUCGCUGAAACAGGAGCGCCGCGAGCAGCAUCGCGAGGAAAAGAAAUGGGCCGAGGUCUGGGACUUGACACCUGAUAUCUCCAGAAGACUUCGAGCCGGUGACAAAAGCUUACAAGCUACGUCAGCGUUGCCCUCGAUAGGACUAUUCCAUCUGCACAACUGGCUUAGCGUGUCGCAACGGAUAUUUCUCAACUCGUCGGUGCCGGCUGACAACUGGAACCAUAUUGACGACGUUCCACCUUCCAUAUGGACCUCAACUUUCGAAGACUUCUACUCGCUCACAGUGUCCAUCACCAGGAGGCUGGUGCAGACUGCGAUAUAUGCCGCGUCCACUCGGAUUAAAAGUCAAAGGGAGCGGCAUCCUCAUCAACGAAGUCUUGUGCGAGGGAGGGACAUUAGGACAGCCGCGGAAGCCCUGAAUCUCUCGCCAAAUUCAAGAGACUUUUGGCGGAAGAGUGCGCGCCGGUUGCGAUUGGUCGUGUAUGAUGAAGGCGAGGCCGACGACGAGGACGAGCUACUCGAUCAUGAUCAGGUGGAGGAGGCACUUCUUUGGGAGGACGACGCUACGAAGAGAGUAUCCGCGCCUGAUACUGGCGCACAUGUCAAGGCGAAGCCGGAUCCAGAAACUGAUCUUGACGUCUCGACUUCAGAGUCGGCGCAAGAUAGUCAUGAUUCAGACGAAGAAACCGACGAGUAUACGGCGGAAUCGCAGGCCAUCGCACGAGAGGCCGACGAGGUCUUCAGAUUUUCCGUCGCACCUUUCCAGAAGACGCGUAGGACGAUGCAGUCCCUCGGCCAUCGCAUAGCGAUUGAGCGAAGUCAGGAACAGUAUGCUGAGGAUCUUGAUCAGCACAACAGCUACCAAUAUGAACUGCAGAUGUGGGAUCUUCUCGCAAAGGCGCCGCCUAGGGAGUUACCUAGGAGAUCAGCUCCUGGGCCUCGCGCGCGAGGGAUGCUAGAUGUUGAGGGCAAGCUUCCUCUCGGAAGAGACUGGAGGCAUACCACCAAGUAUGUCGGUGAAUGGGAGGCCAAUAUGGCCGAGGAACCGUCGACCUAG